AUGUUCCAAAUCAUCAGCGGCAGGACGCUGGAGGCCCGCAGAAGAUAUUCGCCCAUUCAAGAAACCGAGCGGAGAGCGUGGCGACGCCGACUCACUGCGAGAUUUGUCGCCAACAUGCUUGGCCAGAAACUGGAGGAGCAUGCUGCGCAUCUGGUUGCGAGCUUCGCAAUCGGGACGCCAGCGCCACUGCCGAAUACUUCCCCGCUUUCUGCAUGGAAGAUGCGCCUAGCCGACAGCCCGAAUGUCGCGCUGAUCGCCAAACAUUGCGCCAACGUCAACUGUCUUGACGACCUCGGAACGCUGCAGGAGCUGAAGUCGCUCCACGUCUGUCUCCCCAGUGAUCGGUGCGCUUGUCAAGCUUUCGCUGACAAGCUUGGUGAUGCGAUGUGUAGCUUGCAGCAGCUGAAGACGCUUCACGUCAACUUCCCCCCCAGCAUCCAGACGGUGAGGAAUUUGAAGGUCAGCGCGUUCGGCCACGGGCUCGGCAAGCUACGACACCUCGAGGAGUUAUCAAUUUCUUUUCAGAGUGUACUCAGGGUGCCCGAGAAACCAGAUAUUAAGCUCCCUUGGUGUGGCUGCUCGCGGUGCCCACGCUGUGGCCGGCAAUUGGCAAACGAGCAGGGCAUGCGGCAGCAUUAUCUCGAAAAACACGUUUUUGCAGAGUCGUUCGAUCCCGAUUUAGAGGCUUUCGGCGCUGGGCUAGGAGGGCUGCAGAAGUUAAAGAUGUUGCAUUUGGAUUUCCGUGGUUGCACGAUCCCGCCCGCAGCUCGCGAUGCAAUUUUGGAUGGGAUCACGAAGCUUCAGGACAUCGAGGAUCUGUACCUGGACUUCGACGGGUGCAACACGUUUUGGAGCAGUGAACAGAAGACGCUCCGCAGCUGGCUCCAUGGCUUGACUAAGCUCCAGACGCUCCGGAUGAAGUUCGGAUACGUUUGCCCGCGUUUCGGGGAUUAUGAGGGCAAGUGUUUUUUCGACCGGGCGACAUUCCUGAACACAUCCUGA